AUGUGGCCAUAAAACAUUUUUAGUGUCUUUUUGACAGAUGGAAAUCUGUCUCUACAUUGAAACUGUCUCCUCUCGGCAGGAGCCAGAAUUUGUCCAGGGAUUUUCUACUGAAAUGUCGCUUUUUACAAAAUGUCUUCAUACUAUUUGCCAUGACUUUCACUGUAUCCAAAAGAAAUAUAUAGAAGAUUUACCAAAGCAUAUUAUGCUUUUGAUCAUUGAGGAGUUACCUCCUUUUCAUUUGGAAACUCUUGAAAAUAUGAAUUUUUUUGAACCAAAAGGUAUCUCAACAGAAAUGAUUUGGAAAAAGCAUUACGACAGACAUUUCAAGGAACCACCAAGUAUAGUUAACUUGAGAUGUUUAAACAUAGAUAACAUCAAAUCAUGGAGAUCAAAAUACUUUGAAAGGCAUUUUAUACAACUUCUACAUGCUUUAUCAAGCACAACUGCUCAUGAUUCUAAUAGUUUGAAUGAACAGUUAUUCCGACUGCCUUUUGAUGAUAAAAUUUCGAAUUGUCUUCAAUACGACACAGAUGUAAUUAUCGACGUUUGCAUCAAACAUACAACUAGACUUCGUUUUUAUCAUAAUGCUGUUUGUAAAUAUCUUGCAAGACAGGAAAAAUUGCUAAGGAGACUUGGUGAGGUUGUCAUUGCUUUGGAUGUGAAUCAACUUCGUGACAUUAGCAUUGAUCCUGUUGCUCGAAUCCUGAAGGUCCUUUUUCAACAUGAGCUACGCUCUGUUUGUUUUACAAAUUGUAAAGUGGAGAAAAAAGAAAGCGUUGAAACUUUAUUGAAAACCAUCAAUGUUGAUCAUGCUGUUCGAUAUUCUAAUGAAUGCAACAACGUGGUAUUUUUUGCAGAAAAAGAACAAUGCUGUGAAAAAGAAAGAGAUGAUAUCUCGAACAAUGAAAUAUUUUUUAUCGGGCAAAACAACUUGAAAGAGAACAAUGAUCAAUGCUGUGCAUCGUCGUCAUCUUAUUUGUUAAAUACUGGUAGUGACAGCAGUAAGAGUGUUGCUGAUAAUUUAGAGGAGGCGUUUUUUUUCAGUGAUGAAGGACAUGAUACUGAUGAUGAGCUUUUUGAAGAUAUAUUUUCUUUUCGUCAUUUUGAACAAGAAUCUCCUGUGUGUCGUGGCCAAUUAACAUCAUUACACAAACAAAAGUUUUUUCCCUCAUCAAAACUACGCCCGUUCUGUUUAACUGAAUUGAAGAUUUCAUCCUGGAGCUUACUAAAUGAUACUGUUGAAACUUUUGCUGAAGAAUUAAGGCGUUGUGUUUAUCUACGAACCCUAUCAUUGUUUGAUGUUGGUGAUUCAUUAGCAAUGUACAAGAUUAUUGAAAGUAUGAAGGAACUUGUUUUAUAUGGUUCACUGCAAGAUCUUACUUUUGAUAAUUAUAAUCUCACAGCAGAAUAUUUUGAUUUGUUUUGUGACAUGAUAAGUUCCACUUGCGAAGAGUGUAAGGUAAUUAGCCAGAAAGGUUUGAAUUCACUUAAUGUCUCUGCUCAUGGACCUUUAUCCUUGGAGAAAUUUGGAGAAGUGAUCAAAACGUGUUCGUUUUGCGAGGUACACGACAUCAACGAUCAUCUUCUUAUGACAAGUAACCACGUGUUCAAUAUGAAUAGAUCUACUGAUACGUCAAAAUGCAGUAACAUUACAAGAGGCAUUGAAAGUUUAGAAUUUAGUUUUCUUGUAAAACAUGACACCUUUACAAAAUUUUCAAGGUCGCUUUUACGAAACCGAACUUUGAAAUGCAUUUCUUUACCGGAUUGUGAACUUUAUAAUGAAGAUGUUUGUUUUAUUUGUGAUUGUAUUUCAGGCAGUAAUUCUCAUGAUGUCAACACCGAAAUAAAAAAGCUCAUUUUGCAAAAGAGUCAUAUUCAAAUUCAAAAUACGGAAACUAGCUCAAGUCUUUAUAGGUUGCUAUCUAAGAGCCAUUUGGUAUACUUGGAUAUAUCAUACUGUGGUUUGGAAGUGAUUCCUGAUAACAUUGUCCUGGCCUUGUCUUCUAACAGAUAUUUACAAACGCUAAGGGCUGCAGGCAAUAGACUCUAUGAUACAGCUGUCAUUCAAUUGAGUAAAGUGUUCGUCGAUCCAGAAAAAGGCUCGGUUUUAAAUAACAUUGAUGUAAGAGAAAACAGAUUGACAUCUUCUUCUCUUAUUGUGUUGGCAAAAGUUUUGACAUCUUGGCCAAGAAAGCUUCGCGUAAUAGAUAUUGGUGACAAUGAUUAUAAAGUUGUUGAUGUUGUUCGCAAGCCUUUGGAAAAAGUGUUUGAUUUUGUUUUUACUGAAGCGGGUGAAAAUGAUACCACAUUCGCGGAUUGUGUUAGUGAAAUGUGACAUAGUCAAAUAUCUUGGCUCAUGCGAGUAAAAUUCAUUUGGGAAACAGUUGGCAUAACCAUGGACGUUGAGAGAUAGUUGUACCAAGAAGUGUAGCAAGUGCAAUCUUAUGACGAUUGAAUGUAAAUCACAAUACCUCUCAUAACGCACAUAUACGUCUUUGUAACAAUUGUGUCAUAAUCUUAGAAUGAAUACAAGUGUCUGGCAGAAAACACGAAAACUUCAUCUUGGAAAUGGUCAUUUUCUUAAACGUAGAACAAGAGGAACCGAGCGGCCGCGACAGUGGGAAAAGAGUUGUGUUCUAAAAUAAAUAGACCUUCACGGACAAAGAAUUGUGCAACGAAUACUAACUUAACUUUAUUUUAAAGUGUCUUUUGUAUAAAAUGGUUUCACCCAAUUACGACGUUGAAAAACUCGCGAGGAGUUACGACAAACUACUUGGAGUAAGUCUAAGAAUGGAGAACAGAUGAUUAUAAGAUUGGGAUUGAGAAAGCCAAAGAGGGAAUACAAGGUAUUUGAAUACAAAUUUGAAGAGACUGAUUAUGGGAGAGGAAAGUGUAUUGAAUGUUCGUAGAAUGCUUAAAUGGUUGAGGAUAGAACAUUAAAUGUAAAAAUCCUUGUACGCAGCCAUGAAAAACGCGAUUAGGAUGAAACUUAAAAUGAACGCGCUAAAAACUUAGUGUAGAGGAGUAAUGGUAAAAGUGUGGAAGGGAUUUUGUUUCACUGAUAAAAUGGAUAUUAGGAUGUCGGUGAUAUAGAAUCUUUGAUAGGAUAGAAACUGGCGAAUUUCAUCGACAGAUGAUAGGAUUUUGGUGAUUUAGAUUGAAUAGAAACUUGGAAUUUCACCGAUGUGGCGUUGAAAUAAUGGCGUCAAUCAUCGACACAACGGAGCUACGUGUACUAUUGUUUUGAAGUGGACAACUUGUUCAUAAAGGAAACAUUAACAUUAAAAUGUACUCCCACGAAUAUGCUGCCGGAAAUCUUCAUAUUGGACUUAUACGGCACAUACUCUUCCUCUCGAUGUUUACGGAUCGUAUCAAAUACCAAAUACAUUUCGUCUAUAAGAUGGCUACGCUACUAUUCAUGCUUUGUUAACUUUUUCAACAAGCUCAAAGGCCAGAGUAUCACGAAUUGUUUUGCGAACUAAUUUUAAUUCAAUUUCUAAAACUUUUAUUCCAAUAAAAUUCCAUAAUUUUAAGAAACUCUUUAUCAUCACUGAACUGUUGCAAUUAUAAAAUAUAUGAUGUCUCAUUGUUGA